AUGCUCUGGGUUAUCAGGUAGAUUUUUAACAAUGACGCCCGGCGCUGUUGGGACUAUCACGUGUGGAUUUUCCCCCUAUUGAAAUGCCUCCUAAACGUGCCAUUGGGUUGGCGAAAGCGAAAAAAGCGAAACUAGCUGAGGAUGAUCGUGAAGCGAAGCGACGGCGGACAGACAAUGGCGAGGUGAUUGAAGACCAGGCUGAUACUGCUCAAGUAACUGAUGGCGACUGGGGAGAUUUGAAGGAGCUCUAUGCGCGUGUUAAGAAUGCGGCGGAUGAAGGUGAUGUGCUCUUCAGAAGUUCUCGUUACAUUGCUCAAAUGUAUUGUCCAACAGAGGGACCAACGAAAGCACUUCCUUGGCUUCGGGGUGUUCUCCAUGAUUGUGAUCGGAUUAUCAGAAACGUUCCUGACCCUAGCCAACUCAUCGUCAAUGGAGCUCCAGAUCCAGGAUCCGAUCCUUAUGCCGUGCAUUCGUCAUUUUACUCUCUCUAUGCCAACGCAAUAUUGGAUAUUGGGGCCAUCGUUGGUAAGGAACCAGAUUUAGUUGUGGAGGGAGAGCCGGAUUCGCUCGAAGAUUAUAUUGGUGCUGCAUUUGACAUAUUGGAGAAAAAUGCUGCGAAGUACGAAACUGCUGACAAGCAUGAUUGGGCGCACAAUUAUGCUUGGAUGACUGGAUUACUUCUCCUUGCGGACAUCAAGGGAGGAGACUCAUUAGAAUCCUCACCGACUCAGAGUGCGUCUUCAAAGACGCGAAAUAUAAUGGACUGGUCUCCUGCUCAGCUUGUGGAAAAGGCUCAGAAGCAUUUCGAAACUUGUUCAUCUUUACACCCCAGCCCCGACUCGCCCGAACCUCCUCAGGAAGAAAACAAAGGCGAGGAAGUCCAAACUGCCUUGGAGUAUCCAGCUCUCCCUGCAUUCUUGUCCCACUAUGCACAUCUUGUACUUGGUGUCUUAGAAAGCAUUGAGUUGCCAGAAGAGCAAACUAAAAAGGCGGAGGAAAUUGGCCUGAUACUCGGUUCUGCAGCGGAGAAGCUGAGGGCGCAGCCGAACUUUAAAGGUCAUCUUCUCGUCGAAAGUGACGUCAAGAAAGGCCUGGCACUUGUGGGAAGAAUCAAGGCUGAAGCGUCAACUUCAUCCUUAGUGGAUGACGAGGAUCUCGGCCAUCCGUUAGUAGUCAAGGCUAGAAUAGAUUUAAGGGAAUGUGUAAACUUACUUCAGGAGGCGAGAGCAUUAAUUAGCGACACUCCAAAAACCUACCUCGUCGAGACGAAAACCGAAGAAAUUAAUGGAAUUCUGAAAGAUCUCUGGUUUUAUAUCUAUUUCAUUACGGAAGAUGAAGCUGAGCGAGAAGCGAUUGAACAGAAGGCUAGUGAAGCGGGCUUCACACUUGGCAGCGACGAUGAUGGUGACGAAGAGGAAAAGGACGACCAAGCUAGCGGCUAGGCGGGGAUUAGCGCGCCCCACUGACGAAUAUUUUCCAUGACCAGGUGAACAAAUCGACAAUAUUAAUUGGCGUACUUGGGGCAUUUGCAUGAAUGGAGCGGCAUUUCUCAG